AACAUACAAUAAGAACGUUUUGGCGAAACGUGUAGUUCGGCACAUCGUUCCACAACGUAGCAAAAAUGAAAUCGAACUGAACCGGUCACACCCAUAAUGAUGAUCGGGCAACAGCCACCAAAACGGAGCUAAGUAACGUUACCUCAAAGAUUGUUGAAGAACGUCAUAUCAACAUACGGGAAAAUGCGAUGAGAAGUCGUGCUGGUGUACCGGUAUCCGACUUUGAAUGCCAAGUGUGAGAAAUCGAAUUGCGUGAUCGGUGGCGUAACAGGUAAAGCAGACUGUUCUUACGUAGGCUUCUGGAUGUGGUAUCCUGUGCUGCUCAGGUGAAAGAGGAAGAGUAGGCAGCAGACAGGAUGAAGGAGGAGAACUUGUUUCAUCGGAGGAUGUCUCUGUCUCCCAAUGCCACAUCUCCCUCCCCUCCUAAGAUCGACCACCGCUCUCUGACCCGCAACAUGUCUUAUGGAGGAGAAAGCGAGCUCUUCCCGCUCAGCCCAGGUAUGGAGGCAGAAGGGAAUGGUCUGUCCAUGAUGAGUGACGAGCUCAGCCCCGCCCAGUCGCCUAGCAGCAAGUCUGAGUCCAGGAUGUUCAAUAACGGUCUGGAGGACUGCUCCUCCCCCACAGAGAAGCUGGCCCGGAAGGAGUCUCUCAAGGUCCAGAAGAAGAAUUACAGACAGGAGAAGAAGCGGGCAGCCAAAGAACUGUCAAGCGCUCUGAAGGACCCCAGUGUUGUCAUCACGGCUAACUGGCUAAAGAUCCGUGGUUCGCUAAAGAGCUGGACCAAGCUGUGGUGUGCCCUGAAGCCGGGGGUCCUGCUGAUCUAUAAGACCCCUAAAUCGGACCACUGGGUGGGCACCCUCCUGCUCAACGCGUGCAAGCUGAUUGAGAGGCCCUCCAAGAAGGACGGCUUCUGCUUCAAGCUCUAUCACCCGCUGGACAAGUCCAUCUGGGCUGUUAAGGGUCCUAAAGGGGAAAAUGUUGGCUCCAUCACUCAGCCUCUACCCAGCAACUACCUGAUCUUCAGAGCUGCGUCAGAGUCUGACGGUCGGUGUUGGAUGGAUGCUCUGGAGCUGGCUCUGAGCUGCUCCAGCCUCUACAAGCUGACAGCUAAAGCAGGGAGAGAUGGAGACCUCAGCACCUCCUCGGAGUCCUCCCAUAUACUACAGCUACUGCAGUCUACUGCCCUCACUGAUGCUGAGCUACUACAGUUGGCCAACCAACAGAUGGAGAAUGACGGCUACUCUGAGAAAUCAGAGCACGAUGCCCAGGAGGAUUGGGACAACGGGGCCAAUGAGAACGGAGGUCGGCUGACGGAGGAGAGCGACAUGGACCAAUCGGACGAGUUGUCUCCGGGGCUGCAGGCCACAUCCUACGUCGAGCAGAGCCAGGAGGAGAUGGCCGAGGCUGGUGAGGCGUCCCAGGUGGAGACGGUGUCUGAGGAGAACAAGGGUCUGAUCUGGACCCUGCUAAAGCAGCUGCGGCCUGGCAUGGACCUGUCUAAAGUGGUCUUGCCCACCUUCAUCCUGGAGCCACGCUCUUUCCUGGACAAACUAUCGGACUACUACUACCACGCUAAUCUGCUGUCGGAGGCUGCGAGGGAGGAGAGUCCAUAUGGCAGAAUAAAGCAGGUCGUGCGCUGGUACCUGUCUGGCUUCUACAAGAAGCCCAAGGGACUGAAGAAGCCCUAUAACCCCAUCCUAGGAGAGACGUUUCGCUGUUGCUGGCUCCACCCUCAGACAGACAGCUGCACCUUUUACAUCGCAGAGCAGAUCUCCCACCACCCACCAAUCUCUGCCUUCUACGUCUGCAACAAGAAGGACGGCUUCUAUAUCAGCGGCAGCAUCUUGGCCAAAUCCAAGUUUUACGGUAACUCUCUGUCUGCCAUACUGGAUGGCAGAGCCAGAUUGAUGCUGCUGGGCAGGGAUGAGGAGUACGUCAUCACCAUGCCUUACGCACACUGUAAAGGUAUUCUGUAUGGCACCAUGACACUGGAGCUGGGAGGGAAGAUCACUAUUGAGUGUGAGAAAACCAAAUAUGUGGCAGAAUUGGAGUUCAAGUUGAAGCCCUUCCUGGGAGGCUCCAGCAGUGUGAACGUGAUCUCGGGAAAGAUCCAGCAGGGAGACGAGCUGCUGGCCACUGUUGACGGACACUGGGAUGGUGAGGUGUUCCUACAGGAGAAGUCAGGGCAGCAGGAGCAUCUGUGGAACCCUACUCCAGAGGUCCGCAGCACCAGACUGAAGAGGCAGGUAGUACAGCUGGACCAGCAAGGGCAGUUUGAGUCAGAGAGGCUGUGGCAGCAUGUGACCAGUGCUAUAGUGGACCGUGACCAGAACCAGGCAACUCAGGAGAAGUUCGUACUGGAGGAGGCUCAGAGGAAUCAGGCCAAAGACCGUGGAGACCAACCUUGGCGCCCCAGACUCUUCAACCUGGACUCUGUCACCAACGAAUGGACAUACACACACAUAGACACACGGCCGUGGGACCCUGAGCGCUGUCUGGUGCAGUUUGAGAAGCACGGCGUGAUCCAGACCAAGGAGAAAUCACAGAGACGACAUAAAGGACUGGCGUACAGCCGCGCCUCAGCCUGGGCUAGCCAGCAGAAGGCCCAGGUGAAUGGGAAACACAGGAAAGGCAGCAGCCAGCCGUCUAGCUGCAGCCAGAACACUGAGAGCAGCAGCACUACACCAGAACCUACACACGAGUCCUCUGAUAAUGAAGGUAAGACGCACACAUUCACCACGUCAGAACCUGCACACGAGUCCUCUGAUAAUGAAGGGUACCUGAGCCAGUGUACACGGUGCAACAAGGAAGUGAAGGACAUUGCCCUCAUAGAGGCCUCCAUCGCAUCCAUACAGAAGACAGUCCUCUGA